CUUGGGCACACACCCUCCUCUGGCAUGAAUUUGUCAGUAUUGUGAGAACUUUAUUACAGAUAAGGCUGGCCGGCAAUGACCAAUAACCUCGCCUUACACUCAACCAAUCAAGCCAGCUGAGGACUCCCUCACAACUGUCAGAGCAUCAGACAGAGCUUCGACCACCUGAAAGUGUUUGAGACACGGCUCCAGACAUCCUAAUGACCCUCUCUUUGACACAUCACUGCCUCAUGACCUGAGGGCCACCAUCAUCUGUUACAACCUGACGACUGCGACAGCCAACCAGAGAGGACCACUGAGGUAAAGCCUACAUAGACUCAUCCACCACCAGAGGAGCUUGGGACUUGAGCUUCUGACUAACCGGUAUCUGUAUUGUGACUCACUGUGGAACUCUUCAGCACUUUGACAAGAAGACUGUCCUUUGACUGACUCAAAGACAGAUAUCCAGAGUGACAGUCUAUCAGCUCAGACAGCAUCAGCAGCCUACACCUCUGACCAGCACUGUUGAAGCUAUGGGGAGUCCAGGCUGUGACCGCGUGGGGAGCACAGUGCCCCUUCCCCUGAUGAGUUUCAGUGACUACUCCCACAGUGGGUCUGCCCUAAGGGCCUGGGAGGAGGAGGAGGACACCAAGCCGCCCCGGGGACUGAUAAGUGUGCCUAAACACACCGCUCCUGAACGCAGUCUGCAAGGGGUCUUCCUGCCCUGCUUCGACAUGCUCCUCACUGAAAACAGCUCGUGGCUGUUGAAGAAGUCUGAUGCAGCGCCCCCUGUGCUCCCCUGUAAGGCCCUGGAGCAGUGCCCUGUCAUCAACAGCCAGGGCCUGGGGCUCCCCUCUGGGCUAGAGGGACAGGUUGAGGAACGCUGUCUGGAGCAGGUUCAGAGCAUGGUGUUGGGAGAGGUACUGAAGGACAUAGAGACUGCCUGCAUACUGCUGAACAUUACUCCAGACCCCAUGGAGUGGAAUUGUGGGAACGUCCAGAAGUGGCUGCUGUGGACAGAACACCUGUACAGACUACCCCAGGUGGACAAGGUGUUCCAGGAGCUCAGUGGAAAGGAUCUGUGCUCCAUGACAGAGGAGGACUUCAGGCAGCGCUCAAUGCAGUGUGGAGACCUGCUGUACGCUCAUCUGGACAUCUGGAGAUCAGCUGCAUGCAUGAAGGAGCCCUGCACACCAGGAGAUAACAGGUUACAUGGUGCUGAGGAGUCAUGGCCAAAGGCAGACUCCUCCUGCUCAGGCCAGCCCAUCCACCUGUGGCAGUUUCUUAGAGAGCUGCUCCUCAAGCCGCACAACUACGGACACUGCAUCCGCUGGCUCAACAAGGAGAAAGGAAUCUUCAAAAUAGAAGACUCGGCUUAUGUGUCCAGGUUAUGGGGCAUCAGGAAGAACCGUCCAGCUAUGAACUAUGACAAGCUGAGUCGCUCUAUCCGACAGUACUACAAGAAGGGCAUCAUCCGUAAGCCUGAUGUGUCCCAGAGACUGGUCUACCAGUUUGUCCACCCUGUAUGAAGCUGUGGGGCAGCCAGCCAGAAGAGAAGAUUAGUGUUGAUGAUGACUGGAGACCACUAUCUAGCCAAACAGGUUUUGGCAAAAGGAUUGUUUUAGCUCCAGCAACGCAAUGUAUAGACUGCUUCCUGCAUUGUGCACUCCUGCCUAAUUCCAAUAUUAUUAGGUAAACUGAUUGGAUAUGGGGUUUUGUUCUUUUUUAUUGCCACAUUGCAUUAGAUAUGCAAAGUUUUACAUUUAAAAUAUUUUCAAAACUAAUUGUCCAAUAUUUCAUUUUCACAAAGGUCAAAGCCAUAUGUCUGUAUUCUUUUUCUCUGAUUGUGACUUCACAUUACUGUAACCACCAGUAGUUACUUUUUAAGGUGGUUCCUCUUUCAUUACCAUUACACAAUGUCCCUCGGAUAUAAAAGCAUUCGUACAGUUCAUGGCAUUUUGUUACAUGCCGGGUGAAUAUUGGAGUGAAUGUGUGCAAUGUGUUUACUACUGAUCUGUGGUGGUAUUCCCAUGUAUGGGGCUCUUCAUGAGUCACAAGUAACCACAGCUGUUAAUCACACAGAUCUGAUGUUUACGUUGGGAAUUUCAUUUAAGUAUAGAGAAAUUAUUUGACUCCGGGGCCCGUUCACUGGCGGAAGAAUCAAGCCUAAUAGGAAUUUGUGAAUACAGUAAACUACUGUAAUAGAAGCAUUUCAAUAUCAUUGCCACAUUUCAAGUGCUAGAAUCCAUAUGUAGAGACAAACACCAGUGAUAGAAGCCCUGUUUAUACCUGGUUCUAACAUGCUGCCUUUGUCCUGAUCUUGUCCACAUUCUGAUUGUGCCCACAUUUUUUGACAAGUGAAGACGAUUAAAAGAAACAUUGUGAUCAAAUCUUAUAAGUGUAAACAGGCAAGAUCAAGUCAAGAUCAUGACGAAGGACGUGUGUUAACGGCAGGUAUAAACAGGGCUAGAGAUUAGUGACUGAAUACAUACUGUACACAUGAACAUAAUAUUGAAUAUUUAUAAUGAGAGUGUGAGCAAGAUGUCGUUUGUAAAUAUUUAUGUAUAAUGACCUAAAGCAUACUGUAUAUCCUUCUAUGUGUUUACAUACUGAAUGUGUCUAAAAUAAAAUGACACAAUAAUGUGUAUUUUUUCUGCUUUCUCAUCAAACACCCUGAGACUACAAUCAUAGCAUAUCCCAAUGUACAGUCAAAAUCCAUUCAAGAAACACACAAAUGACACAAAACGUUUUGUUUGUAUUCUCAACAAACUUGUUUUCCCCUUUCAAACCAAUAUCGCAAUAUUGACAUCAUCACAACAACUUUGAUUCAGGAUUUUCAUUACUAUCAUAAUUAUUAUCAUAAUCAUAAUCAUCUUUAUGCAUAUUUAAAUGAACCUUUUGUUACAUUAAGAUGAACAGGCACUACACCAGUUAGGAGAUCCAAUUACAUCACUAACUAGAAACAUACAUACACUGCUAAUACAGGGGUUUCACGACAUGAGCCGUUUCCCCCUUGUUGUGCAUAAGGAAGAGAGAAAUCAACAUAAAAAAGCAUUUACAUAUACACUGUUUUUACUGCCUCAAUGUAGUUAGGUUUCCUUUCCAACUCAACACAGUUGUACAGUUACAAUAGAAUAGAAUCUUUAAAUUACAUCAUCAUAUACAAAUUUGACAGCGUGGGGUAACGUCACGCUCUGGUACAUUGACAAUUCCAUUGCAAUGAAAUUCAUACGAUAUGGUACCUAUUACUUAAUAUGCUUUUCCAAUGCUGUUAACACAUUUACAUGUAUGACACUACAUUUUUCUUAGUAUUCGAUCACUUGCAUUUUUUUCUUUUUUUUCUUUACAAUUAAACAACUCAUGAUGAUAAGGAUGUUUGACCCCAAAAUAUCUACCCGAGAUGUGUGUGUGUGUGUUCCUGUGUGUGUGUGUGCGUGUGUAAAGGACAUAGGAUAUCUCAAUGAUAUGAGUUAUUUUUACUAGGCUGGACAGCUUACACUAAUACACAUUACUUGUGAGCUGGUGAUGUGAUCUCUCAACAGUGAUACCAAGACCUGGUGAAGUCUCCUCUUAAGCCUCAACCUAAACACAUCCUGUCGUUAGAGAAUGUUCUACGACAUCAAACUUGAAGAGAGACCUACUGCAUAACCUCAUGUUCAUGAGCAUUCUGCUCUCACGACAUCAUUGCAUGUCUGAUUUAAACAGCUUACCAUUGGCAACCAUAUUUGCAUCGGACAACAUCUGAUAAGUUUGAUUUCUCAACAAGUACUGUAGUGUUUUCUGUAUAUUUAAGCAAUAAGGCACGAGGAGGUGUGGUAUAUGGCCAAUAUACCACGGCUAAGGGCUGUUAUUAUGCACGAGGCAACUCGGAGUGCCUGGAUACAGACCUUAGCCGUGGUAUAUUGGCCAUAUACCACAAACCCCAGAGGUGCCUUAUCGCUGUUAUAAACUGGUUCCCAAUGUAAUUAGAGCAGUAACAGUACAUGUGUAUUCAAAGCGGGGGCUGCAUUAGGUGUGAGCAUGUGAAGUAUACUACUGGGAGCAAUCUAAAGUACAGUUAAUUACUGUAGACAAAGAAAUGAUUUCUGAUAUACUGUGGUCACUGUCGUAUGCAACUGGCCUACCUGGUUAAAUAAAGAUGAAAUAAAAAAUAAAUAUAAAAUGCUCUUGUCUUUCCCCAUGUGGAUCGCCUAUUGAAUGAACACAGAAAUAUUCAGAGGACAGGAAGCAGUUAGUUGCAUGAGUUGCAUCUUGACAAGAAAAUCCUUGACAGGGUUAUGUGAGUUAUUGCAUGGAUAGAGAGAGUUUUAUGCAUUUUCGGAUUUCGGUCAUU